GUCUACGUCAUUGUUCACCGCCGGACGCCCGCUCGAAAUAAGGGAAUGGAUUUACAACGACUAUCAACACGUUUAUAAAAUGCGAUAGCGAUGAACAAUGACCAUAGUUGACAGGUCCUCAGAGAAGUCUGACCUUGAGUCAGUCGGGGUCAAGCACGCCGCCUUCACAAGUGGAGACGUGGGGAUGGACGGCAGCUGUUCCAGCAGCUGGGGAGUCGGCCCCGCCAUGCCCGGUGACUCCCCAAGGGGCAAGGCCACGGUGGGCUGCCGGGGCCCAACGCCGGGGGCCACGGUCUUCAGCAACAGCCCCCACUCCAUGGAGCGGCCUAAGGAGCCGGUGGUGAUGACCGGUGGGGAUGGCAUCGCCCUGCCCCAGAAGGUCCUCUUCCCCCCCGAUCGCCUCAGCCUGCGGUGGAGCCAGGCGCAGCGAGUGGGCGCGGGGCUCCAGAACAUGGGCAACACCUGCUUCCUCAACGCAGCACUGCAGUGUCUGUCCUACACCCCGCCGCUGGCCAACUACAUGCUGACGCAGGAGCAUUCAAAGACAUGUCAUGAGCCCGGGUUCUGUAUGAUGUGCACCAUGCAAAACCACAUCAUACAGGCCUUUGCCAAUACUGGAAACGUCAUCAAGCCUAUCGUGGUCCUCAACGAGCUGAAAAGGAUUGCUAAGCACUUUCGCUACGGGAGUCAGGAGGAUGCUCAUGAGUUCCUGCGCUACACAGUGGAUGCUAUGCAAAAGUCCUGCCUGCCUGGAACUAAGCUGGACAGGCAAACACAGGCAACCAGCUUCGUCCAUCAAGUCUUUGGAGGAUACUUAAGGUCCAGAGUGAAAUGUUUAAACUGUAAAGCAGUCUCUGACACGUUUGACCCUUUCUUGGACAUUACUCUGGAGAUCAAGACCGCUCCCAGUGUGGGCAAGGCCCUGGAGCAGUUUGUCAAGCCGGAACAGCUUGAAGGGGAGAAUGCCUACAAAUGCACCAAGUGCAAGAAGAUGGUCACGGCCUCCAAGAGAUUCACCAUCCACCGCAGCUCCAACGUGCUCACCAUCUCACUCAAGCGCUUCGCCAACUUCAGCGGAGGCAAAAUCACCAAGGACGUGAGGUACCCAGAGUACCUUGACAUGCGGCCCUUCAUGUCCCAGAGCCAGGGCGAGCCGCAGGUGUACGGUCUGUACGCCGUGCUGGUCCAUUCUGGCUUCAGCUGCCACGCAGGACACUACUUCUGCUACAUUAAGGCCAGCAACGGUCAAUGGUAUCAGAUGAACGACUCCUCCGUGUCCAUCAGUGACAUCCGAUCGGUGCUGAACCAGCAGGCCUACAUCCUGUUCUACGUCAGGUCCGGCGAGGCUAAGAGCGGAGGGGAAUACGCUCAUGCGACCGUGGGUAACCCCGGCCAGUCCUCCCCGCGCCCGGUGGUCCUACCGCGCAUCAACACCGCCCCCCGGCACACGUCCACAGGCUUCAUCGGCCCGCAGCUGCCGCCACACAUGGCCAAGAACUCCCUCCACCUCAACGGCAACGGACCGCUGAGGGAGUACCCGUCGAGCUCCAAACUAAUCACCAGCAGCGGUGGCAUGGGGAAACCCGCCCACUGCCCAUCCGCCUCCUCCUCUUCCUCCUCCUCCUCCUCCUCCUCCUCGACAUCCUCCCACACGCUGACCCGGCCCACGGUGAUCCCUGACUCGGACAAGAGGCAGAAGCUCUCCUUCUUCAUCGGCCAAGUCAAGCAGACCCGCCCCUCCUCGUCCAUCUACGGCCAGCCGACCUCCUCCUCCUCCUCCGCCUCCUCCUCUUCCUCCUCUUCCUCUUCCUCGGCGCAGCCUACCUCAGACGCCCCCCGCUCGGACCUCCACUUUGUCCCGCGGCAGCUCCACCACGCCAACGGCUCGUCGUCGGGCAACGGCGACUACCACCACCACCGCCGCGCCAACGGCAGUGGCCCGGCGUCUUUCCUCGUGCCCUACGACCACGAGUCGUCCGAGGAGUCGGACCAGGAGACGGCCGCGGCGGCGGCGCUGGAGAACGGCGGCGGCAUGGCCCAGGCCCGCCUCAACGGGAGGAGCGGGGCGGGGCACGCCGUCUACGGGCCGGCGCCGCGGCCCACCAACGGGGAGGCCGGUGCGCCGCACCACAACGGGCAGACCAACGGCGUGGCCAAACCCGGCCACAACGGGCACCCGAAGGUCAACGGGAACGGCGACGCCCCACACACGACCAAAGCCGUGAAUGAGGGCAGAUCGUCCCAUGCGACAACCAACGGCUCGACGUCCGACCACAGUCAGCUAAGCCAAGAGAGCCAUAGCGCUGCCCCUGCCACCACCGCCACCGCCACCCAGGGAAACUCUUCUCGGACCCCGGCGGCCGCCUGUGAAAGCCAGCCCCCCGCGCCGCUGGACCCCACGCCCAAACAUACAGCAGCCUCUGACGCUGGCCCUCCGCCUGCAGCCCCCGGGGCCCGGGGCCACGCACCGGCUCCCAGGUCCUCCGCUGCCUCCUCCUCCCUCUCCUCCGCAUCCUCUUCCUCCUCCUCGUCCUCUUCCUCCACACACCAGGAGACUCCUCCCUCGGAGUUACCUGCUCCUCCGCCUCCUCCUCCUCCUCCUCCAGCGGCGACCCCGGGGCCCGCCGCGGCCCCACACAGGGUGGGCAGCGGAGUGGGGAAAGAGCAGCAGCAGCCAGGGCCACCGCCGACCAACGGCCAGGCCCCGAGCCCCGCUGGGAGGCCCGAGGGCGCUGAGCCCCAGAACCCAGCCAAGGCCGGCCCCAGAGGCGAGGAGAGGGACCGCCGUGGUUCCCGGGACAGGGAGCGGGACCGGAGGUACUCGUCGGACCGGGGAGGGCGGGACUGGGACCGCCGCGGCCGCAGCCGGGAGAGGGACUCGGACGGCGACCCCCGCUACAAACGGGACCCCCGCAACCCUCAGCACCACCACCAUCACCCCCGGUCCUACCGAGAGCGCUCGCCCGUGCGGGACCGCCACCACCGGGAGCGGGACUGGGAGUGCGAGCGGCGGUGGGAGCGCACGGCGCACCACCCCCGGGAGCGGGACCGCGACCGCUGCUCGCACCACUACCACCGGCAGCGCUCCAGGGGCGAGGAGCGGGACCGGAGGAGGAGCCGGGAGGGGAGGAGCCCCUUGCGGGACAGGGAGCGCGACGCCGCGGCCCCCACCAACACCAGGGCUUCCCCGACGCCGCCUCCCCUCUCUCCGCCCAGACGGGCCCCCAGCAGGGAGGGCCCCGAGCGCCGGGGCGACGCGCCUCCUCUGAGCGAGGACAGGGAGGACAGCCAGGAGGCGCAGCGGGCGAAGAAACACAAAAAGAGCAAGAAGAAGAAGAAGUCGAAGGACAAAGAGAGGCACCGGGACAGCGGGAACUCUGAGGAGGAGUCCGACAAGGAGGGCCGGUCCUCCAAACACAAGAAGAAGAAGAGGAAGAGGAGGCACGACAGCGACAGCGAGGCGGAGCGUACCCCCGACGGCCAGCGCAAGGCUCGCAGGGUCGGCGGCGAGGAGGAGAGAGCCGAGGGCGGCAGAAGGCGUUGUCACGGCGAUGACGGUCACAGAGGCCAUUCGCCGGAGAAGCGACGGCACGCCGGUGAAGGCGCCAAUGACUCCCUCGACCGACGGCUCGGGUCUUCGUCGCAGAACCACAACGGACACGCAGCUAAUGGUUGCAACGGAGUUAACGGAGGUUCCCAGUCGUCCUCCAGCAGCCUGUGCAGCUCCACACCCCUCUAACGCAGCCCUGCUGCUGCCACUGCUCCCACCUGGGAAAUACUGUACAAUACUUCUAUGAUGGGGUGAAAGAAAGAAGAAAACUGUCAACAGCAAAGGAAUGAAACUAAAUCCCCCCCCCCCCACACACACUUUUUUUGGACGUGGUGCUUAAUCAAUGGGAAGACACUGAACUUUGACCCGCCGAUUUAUUUUGCCCAAAUUCUGUACACUUCUGGUUCACACGCUUUCACUAAAGAAAUAUCUACGACGGGAAUUAAAAGAUUAAUAUAUACUUGUACAAAUGCAAACAAAGGACAAAAAGAACCCAAUACCCCGACGCUUACACAUCUCAGCUGCUGCUCAGUGGAAGACUCAGGAAUAUAUAUAUACAUAUAUAUAUAAAUAUAUAUAUAUUUAUAUAUAUAUAUAUAUAAAUUAAACACACGCAUAACCAUGGUAACAUCCAUCUACUUCAGUCAAACAACAACCACAAUACGGGGAAAAUAAGCGAACGAACAAGCUAGCAAAUACUGAUGCGUCGCCUUGGAGAUAAACUGCUGUACCGUUGCAAGGUGGCAUGCAAGUUUCUUUUUGAAAGAUGUCACCAUAUCUACAUAUCGAUACUGGCACCAGGAGGAUUUCCAGUUUUUAUUGUUUUGUAUUUAAUUUAAUCGCUAUGGCAACAGACUCAUGGAUGGAAACUUUCGGGGGUGCUGAGAGGGACAAAUUAAGGAUGCCGCCACACGUUACCCUGGACACACUUGACGGCCAUUCCCUCCCCUUUGUUUGGUUUUUCUCCCUUAAAGCUUUUUUCGGUUUCCCCGGUUUCCCCAACUGCCUAAGUUUCCAUUGUAUUGGAUUUUCAUCUGUCGUGGAGGUGUUCUUGAAUUGUUGUUGUUGUCCCUUCUCCCUGCGCUCAUCUUUCUCCUACUUUCUUUACUCUAUUUCAAGCAUUCAAAAAAAAAAAGCAUAACAAAAAAAAAUCUUUUACUAUAUCAUGGAUGUGGAGAUUUUGUUUUCUUUUUUGGGUGUUUGAUUUUACACGUAAAAUACAGUUUUGUUUCUUCUAGCACCUCUUGAGAAAGAAUACUGUGAAUUUAAUGUCUGAACUGUACUAUCAGUUGUUUUUAUACAUUACUAGUCCUGUAUCAGGAUUAUCAAUAGGUUAUCUUUAUGUUGAUGUCGUUGCUUGGUUUGUUUUUAGAAUAACCACACCAUCAUUUAUUCCACAUUCUAUAAACGCAAGUCAACUAUAGGUAUGUUGUUUUGUUUUUUUUUUGUUUUUUUUGUUUACUCGAGAAAAAAAAAAGUCAUGGUAAUGUCAUACCCUACAUUCAACAAUAGCAUGUCAAGAUUUAUACAUUGUACAUGGUAUAUAAAAAUGCCUUAAAAUACAUUUGUUAAUAUCAGAAAUUGUAAUUGUCUUUCUCUGACUUUGUCUCCAAAAUCAAAGUGAAAGUACUGACUUAUGUCAACAGUUUCAAAGUGCUCUUGGCUCCAUUUGUGCCGCAGCUUAAUUCAAGACCCCCAUUUUGACAAUAACUUGACGCUAUUGGUAUGCAAAACUUGAGUAACCUCUUGAUUGUGGUCUUUCUGUAGGAGUUCCUGUUGGACACAAAUACAAUGACUAUAGUUGAUGUUCAAUUGGAAGAAAUAAAUGAUUACUUUUUCUUUUAAUUGUCCAGAAUGAAUACAGGUCUGAAAGACGAAUGAAUUAGUCUACUUUGAGUUUCAGUAAAAACCAAAUCAAUAUCUGUAUUCUUUACAUCGGCACAACCUCAGGUGAAACAAUCACAACAGGCAUUCUCGUCUGUUCUACAUUUGUAUAUAUUAGAUGUAUGUUAUGCUUGUAAUGGGUGAUGAACACCCAACCUGGUGGUGUAAAAGGCGGCCCGUUGAUACUGACAGAUAUAAAUGUGUUACAUCUUCUCUCCACGGUACACAGUAAAAGGCGCUAUUAAAGACCACCGCAGGGUUUGGUUUGUUGGUGUUGAUGUGAUGGACACUUGGAUUGAUUCUGGACGACGGGCGCCUGUUUUUCUCUGAUUCAGAAGAGGAUAUUUAUUAGUGUAAACCAAUCAAACAAAACCAGAAAUGGAACCAAGGGGAGGGCUACCAUCAUGACUAUUGUGCUAACUCCUUAAUCACAAACAAAAAAUGCAGACUACCAUAUGUACAUAUUAUAUACAUGAGAAAUGUAAAAGAAAAUAACUAAUUAACUUUUUUGUUAAGGAUAAUUACCUUAAAUAAAUACUGAAAGGGAAUUUACUUGGGUGUUCAGUACAUGAAAUAAAAUUAAAAUGAGAAUUAUACAUGGUGUAGCAGCUUUUUUUUAUAAAGAUUUAAGUAAACCCACUUUAGAGAAACGUUUCAUAUGUAUUUUAGAUUCUUAUUAUCCAGCCCUUGUUCAGUUCCAUUUAUUUUUGGUGGAAAUAAGUAUGUGAAAAACUCUUGCAUCCAAAGUAAAUUAUGCAUCCUUGAUCCCGUUGCUGAGGAGCUCAAAUUAGUGAAAUUAAUUUGUUCCUUUAUUUUUUUUCACUCACUUGGUUGUACUCCCAGCCGUCCCCGGUCUCCGCUAGAUGGCGAUAGAUCCGCAGCAGGUCAAAGACAGACAUGGCCCAAGAACGAAGGUCAGGAAUCUGAUAAAGUAUGGGGUCAGAGCAGUCUCAUUAAUAAUGAAUGCACAGAGAAGGAUUCACAAAUGUAUUUUGUGAUUUAUAUAUAAAUUACUCUCUUCUCACAAAUACAUUUCAAUGCACACACAAAUGGAUAUCGGUAUGAAUAAAUGUAAAAUAAAUCUAUCCGUUUCACAAACACAUUUCGCUCGCCUGCCAAGUGUUUUUCUUAAUUAGUUAAUUGGUUGCAUCUGGUGCGUUUUACUUAAGAGGGAACCCUACGUUGGUGUGCUCUAAUGUUUGGCAGUGUAGCGUCUCCCAAACGCGGUAUGUUGUGUUCCCAGAAACCAAAACGUGUGUGAAGACUUUUUGAAGUAAAGAAGAGCAUCUCAUGUGAACCUGAUGUCCAUCAUGGAUAUUUAACUGCAGUUCUGUGAGUAUCCCAACUUGACCAUGAAGAUGAACUGCAAACUGUAAGUCUUGCGUUUCUCAUUACUCUUGGGCACAUGUGUUUUUGCUUCCUGGUGAGUUAACCUGUUACCUGAAGGUUGAUCUGAGUAGCAAGUAUGUUUUAUUGGUUCAUGGGUUAAUUAGGUGUUUGGUUUAUGUUGGUUUUAAUGGUUUGUUAAAAUGGUUACAGGCUCUAAGUUAUUGUUGUAAGCUGGAGUAAUGGCUUGGGUUCUGAUAUCUUCAGUCUUCUUUCCAGCUACUUUCCUGAGCUCUGCAUCUUCAACACACGAGUGUUGCUUUACUGAUGUGGUUAUGCUCUGAGUGAGCAGAGGUGCAUACUGGGAUACAGAGCUGUCUCCAGUCUACAGGUCUGUAGGCAUGCCCCCUCAGGGGAAACCGAGGGUUUGAGAAACCGUCGUGACGUCAAUUACAUGGACUGGAAUGUUCUUUAAGAUGGAGACAGGGAUACAGAAGGAGGAACACCAGGGGGAGUUGAGGGGGCUCCUCAUCUCAACGACUAAAACACAACGUCAGUCUGACACAGAGAACCAUGGAACACAUUCAACAGUCCCCUCCAGGCAUCGUGACUCCUCAGGAACAGUUUCAUUUCCAAGAAGGUCUUAUUUGGGGCAAUCCCCAGAUGGAUCCUGCUCCUCAAGAAACACCCCCUCCACUGGGUGGUCUUCUGAACAGAUGACCUCCUUCCUGUCCUCAGGCUGACUAAAGCUGCACCGUUUGCAUCUGUGAAGGCCCCUCAUUCAGGAAACCACUGGAGUACAAAGACAUGACUUCAGAGACGUUGCAUAAACCUGGGACACAUUUUGGAGACACAAAGCAUGAUCCAUCACCAAUGUGGGACGCCACUGAAGAAUGUUGUACAUCAUUUACGUCUCUGUGUAAAAGGCAGCAAGCGGCGUGUUCAGAUCAGUGACCUCAAACUAGGACUACACCAAUCAGGAUCAAUGGAGGACGGACACCUAAAGGCAUUCCACAAGGAGUCUGAAGUUGGAAAGGGACCUAAAUGGGUAUUCUGUUCUGUUCUGGGUGCACUGGCAGGAGAGCUGGGGGUGGAUGAUGGAAUGUUAUUUGACAUGAGGUUUUACCCUGCAUGUUUGUUUGGCCUUUUAUGGCUCAGUGGUGUGUGUGUGUUUGGGUUUGGCAUGAGAUGGAUGAUUUUUGAGCAUCCCUAGGGUGCUACUGUGUGUGUCUCCCACACACACCUGACAUGGGGUUCUACGUGCGUUUGGUUCAACCUAGCAUGGGGUUCUACGUGCGUGUCCUUGGUUGUGUGUGUGUGUGUGUGUGUGUGUGUGUGUGUGUGUGUGUGUGUGUGUGUGUGUGUGUGUCCGGCUUGCUUUGACAGUGAUAAUGUUCAUACGGGGGUCUGUGAUUGGCUUGGGAUAUUGGAAUGGUCAAAUAAAUCAUACCUGAUGGACGGCCACACGUUUACUUAAGGGCCUCCAGUAGACGUGAAGAGCCCUGAGCGACGCUCCGGAGCGAUAUCCAACACACUGGGCAGGAAGGAGAGUAUCCAAAUCAAGUGAAAAAGGCUGCAAGCGGCGUGUUCGGAUCAGUGACUUCAAACUAGGACUACAUCAAUCAGGAUCAAUGGAGGACGGACACCUAAAGGCAUUCCACAAGGAGUCUGAAGUUGGAAAGGGACCUAAAUGGGUAUUCAAGAUGACCUUCAGACCUGUAAUGAGACGGCUCUUCCUACCUGGCUGGCUUGAUGGAUAGCCCUGUGGAUCUUGUCUUGCUCUCAGUUGCACGUCAUCUCAGGCUGUACUGUAUUUGUUUCGGACAGGACUAGCUGAACGAUUGGUUCCCUUAAAUCAGAAUCAAUCUGGGAACUCCAACUAGUGCGCUCUUCGAGCUGAAGUUGUGCUCUUCAGCUGAGGAGGCAAGGGAGCCUUCACUGGGGCUUCAAGGUGUAAAGAGGAUGUUUUAAAGUGUUCCAUGGUACUCUGAUGAAGACCGUUGUUGUGUUUCACUGGCUGAGAGGAAGAACCCUCACAUCUUCCUCUUGGCCUUUCUCCUCUGAGAAUCCUGGCGCCAUCUAGAAGGAUAUUCCAGCUCAUGUAACUGAUGUCACGACAGAUUCUCAAACACUUGGUUUCUCCUGAGGGGCGUGUCUAUAGAACUGAAGACUUCAGACAGCACUGUAUCCCAGCAUGCAUCUCUGCUCACUCAGACCACACCCCCAUGAGUAGGAUGCAACACUCUAGUGAUGGAGAUGUAGAGUUUUAUAAGUAACGAGGGAGCAGACAAAGGUGAUUAGAACACGAUGGCAUAUCAAGUCUGUAAAUCUUUAAACCAUGAAGAUGGUUGGAUAGUUCAGGAAUUGGGCUUCUUUUUAUUAUGGGCAGUCCUUUCACUCAGAUGCCCACAUCUCAUUGGACCUGUACAUGUGUUGGCUGGCUGGCAUGAGUUGCUGUUGGUGAUGAGGUGGUCAGGGUGACGUUGCAGGGCUAUGGUCGGCUCUCUGUGAGCUCAACGUUUAGAUUUGCUCUGCAUGGUUUGUACCCUGAAUAAUCUAGAUAAUUGUAAAAUGUAGACAGGGUUUUGUAUUGAAUGAUUUUAGGUUUAAAGUUGUUGUGGGUCGUACAUGGUAGUUUGGUUCUUCGUACGGUUUUGAGUGAUAUAACUUGUACACACUGGGUGCAUAAUAAUGUAAAGGUACACUGUAUAUUAAUGACCAACAGCAACAAACAGAUCACAUCAAGGUAAGUCUGUUGGCUGUGUUUUAAUGAAGACCAUCGCUGGACUUCAGGAUCUUCCCCCGUUCAGCUCAAGGUGAGGCGCUGGUUCUGUUUUUUCUUUGGUUGGUUCCGGCCGGAAUGUUCGUAUUCCAGUCGGACAGUUUGUGCUUCCCGCCGGGAAGGUUCUGAGUGCGGUCACUUGAUUUAGUCCCAAUGGUUAGCAUAGAACGUUGUAGUCUUGACAACCAUAAGAAACCACCUGGCAGUUAGUUGGACGGGAGUCCCCUUAGGGAAUCUGGCGGAACGUUCUGGAUUGUAUUUGCGUAACCUCGAGCCGUUGCCAACGGAAACAAAUUUUCAGUCGUUUCCAUUGGGAAUUGUUGUCCCUUAUCUUAAACUUAAAUUUGAUAUUAAAUACAUACUGACACGUACGUCGUACAAUAUGUUGAUAAUUUCCGAUGGUUGCGCCAUACUUUUAACCACGUUGACGGGACUCUCGCUGCGUACUAAACAGCGUUCUACUUGCGGGCCCAUUUUGGUGAAGGCUGAAAAUCAUUUCAAGGUGGAAGACAAUUUGACAUUUCUUCUACGGAACCCAGCACCUGAAUAUGGCUGAGUUAAGUGUAUUUGAUUUAACAUCGAUACGGCUUAGUCUUCUUUGUUCAGCUUUUGUACGUUCUAAAUAUCCGUCAUUAAUUUCCACAGAAGUUAAACCCUACCCAAUGGAAUGACGUUAAACAACGACUUUGGUGCAGAGUUACCAACUGGAUAAUAUCAAAGCUAAAAUAAUGGCCGUCCUUCCCACAUGUUACAGUAGAAGAUACUCUAGAACUGUACAAGGUUAAAAAGGUAACAUGUAGUUUGUCCCAAGGUGUCUGCCUCCUCACCCAGAGUCGGACCGCCACCUCCUGUCAGAAGUCCUCCAGAACAGCUGAAAGGUGAGGCUGGGUACCGAAGGCUGUGGUGCCAGGAUGGACCGGAGACUUAGGCUGGAGACCAGGGGCCUGCAGCGUCGGGCCAGAGGGUAACCAUCACCAAGCUCAUGAAACACUAAAAUCCACGACCAGGAAUCCAUGGCUGAAGGAGCUGAUGGAGGAGCCGAGCUGAUGGAGUCGUGCUGAAGGCCCUGCCUGGUUGAGGAUCUGGUGGAGGCCCUGCCUGGUGAAGGACGUCUGUCGUGGGACCAGGACUCUGGCUGAGGAGAGCUGAUGGAGGAGCUGAGACGCUGGAGGACGACUAGGAAUCGACCAACAAGGAUUCCUCAACGUGUUUCUGGAGCGGAGGCGAGCUGGUAGGGGAGCCGUGAAUCUGGAGGAUGACCAUCACUCUACCAACAAGGAUUACGUUGGGGCCAGACUCGCGCUGUUUGUUCCAGACCAGGACUCUGGCUGAGGAGAGCUGAUGGAGGAGCUGACACGCUGGAGGACGACUAGGAAUCGACCAACUGGAUAAUAUCAAAGCUAAAAUAAUGGCCGUCCUUCACACAUGUUACAGUAGAAGAUACUCUAGAACUGUACAAGGUUAAAAAUGUAACAUGUAGUUUGUCCCAAGGUGUCUGCCUCCUCACCCAGAGCCAGACCGCCACCUCCUGUCAGAAGUCCUCCAGAACAGCUGAAAGGUGAGGCUGGGUACCGGAGGCUGUGGUGCCAGGAUGGACCGGAGACUGAGGCUGGAGACCAGGGGCCUGCAGCGUCGGGCCAGAGGGUAACCAUCACCAAGCUCAUGAAACACUAAAAUCCACGACCAGGAAUCCAUGGCUGAAGGAGCUGAUGGAGGAGCCGAGCUGAUGGAGUCGUGCUGAAGGCCCUGCCUGGUUGAGGAGCUGGUGGAGGCCCUGCCUGGUGAAGGACGUCUGUCGUGGGACCAGGACUCUGGCUGAGGAGAGCUGAUGGAGGAGCUGAGACGCUGGAGGACGACUAGGAAUCGACCAACAAGGAUUCCUCAACGUGUUUCUGGAGCGGAGGCGAGCUGGUAGGGGAGCCGUGAAUCUGGAGGAUGACCAUCACUCUACCAACAAGGAUUACCAGGAAUCUGGAGGACUGAUGGAGAAGCCGUACAUCUGGAAGGCAAAUCCUGAGGACCACCAGGACUCUAACAUCAAGGAUUCCUCACACACCUGAACUGAACCUCACCUGAUCCUGUUUGGUCGGGUGCAGACACACCAGAGCUGAACCCGCCCUGAUCCUGACAUCCUGCUAGUCCCGUCGCCUCAGUUCAUCUCAGCCUCGUCCACCAGAAGACCUGCUGAGCUCAGCAGUCUGAGGCUGAUGGAUCAAUGACCUCCAGUGGGAGUGGUCUUCUUGACCCCACAUGUAACCGUGUGCUUCCACACGCCUUUCCCUCACACCUGUCACUAACCUCACUACGUCACUACUUCACUACUGCUUCCUCUUCUUCUUCCUUUUCUGUGGUUCGAACCUAUACACGGAAGGCGCGUCUUCCUGCCCUCAGAGGGUUCAGCGUUAGGGUUUAGAGUCAGGGACAGAGCUGGUCAGGGAGGACUGCUUUUACUUUGACAUGUGUUAACCAACUACCGCUGUUUUCUUGCUAGAACGUGUUUCUGUAGCGGAGGCGAGCUGGUAGGGGAGCCGUGAAUCUGGAGGAUGACAAUCACUCUACCAACAAGGAUUACCAGGACUCUGGCUGAGGAGCUGAUGGAGGAGCCAAGACUCUGGAGGACGACAUCACUCUACCAACCAGGAUCCUUACCAGGUAUCUGGAGGACUGAUGGAGAAGCCGUACAUCUGGAAGACAAAUCCUGAGGACAACCAGGACUCUAACAUCAAGGAUUCCUCACACACCUGAGCUGAACCUCAUCUGAUCCUGACAUCCUGCUACUCCCGUCUCCUCAGUUCAUCUGCGCCUCGUCCUCCAGAAGACCUGCUGAGCUCAGCAGUCUGUGGCUGAUGGAUCAAUGACCUUGUGUGCUUCCACACGCCUUUCUCUCAUGUCUCUCACUAACCUCACUACUCUCUACUGCUUCCUCUUCUUCUUCCUCGUUUGUGGUUCGAACCUAUACACGGAAGGCGCGUCUUCCUGCCCUCAGAGGGUUCAGCGUUAGGGUUGAGAGUCAGGGUUUAGAGUCAGGGACAGAGCUGGUCAGGGAGGAUUGCUUUUACACAAACCUCUUCACUUGCUUUCGGAAUGGUGGUGACAUUUUGAAAAGAUUCAUUUGGGAAAAUGUUUUCCUCUGCUUUCCUUUACAAAAUUGUAUUCAACUUCUGUCAAGUGUUUGUUUAUAUAUUAAAA